AUGCAUAGAUAUAGAGAGGAAAGCACUUCUCAAGCUCAAACAGAUCCCUGGGACUGGCUUUCGUCUUGGGUGGGAGAAGAUUGCUGCAAAUGGAGUGGUGUAGGCUGCAACAACAUAACUGGAAGUGUCAACAGGCUCGAUCUUCACAAUCGCUAUUCAGAUGGGUUGGAUUAUUCCGGAGCAAAAGUGUCUGCAUUUGGAUUUGGUGGUGAGAUCAAUCCUUCUUUGCUUGUUUUGAAAGAUUUGGUUUACUUGGAUUUGAGCAUGAAUAACUUUGAAUGUGUCCAACUUCCAAGUUUCAUUGGAUCACUAGAAAAACUGAAAUACCUCAAUCUCUCUCGUACAUCUUUUGUUGGAGUCAUUCCCCCCAAUCUUGGAAACCUCUCAAGGUUGCUUUAUCUUGAUCUUAGCAAUUUCCUUGAUAAUAACCCAAGUGAGACUGACUUUCAGUGGCUUGCAACUCUUUCUUCCUUAAAGUACCUUAACUUGGAAGGAGUGAACCUUGCCAAGGCGACAUCCUAUUUGCUUCCCACUAUUAAUAUGCUCCAUUCACUUGUUGAAUUGCAUUUGCGCUCUUGUGGACUUUCCAUCCUUCCUCUCACUCUUCCUUCUAUCAAUUUCACAUCCCUUUUGGUUCUUGAUCUCUCAAACAACAGUUUCAACUCCAUGAUACCUCCUUGGUUGACCAAUCUCAGUGAACUAGAGAUGUUGGAUUUGUCAGGUAACAGGCUGACAGGAAAACUGCCUGAUUCUUUGGGAUAUCUUAAAAGCUUGAGAUACCUGAACUUGUCAACUAACUCAUUUCAGGGUUCAAUCCCAAAAUCAAUUGGAAAUUUAACAUCUUUGGAGGAGUUUGACCUUCGAUGGAAUCUAAUGAGUGGGAUCAUCCCAGAAAGUCUUUGGGAGCUCUCAUCGCUGGUUUCACUUCGUCUCUCUGAAAACACAUGGGAAGGUGCCAUUACAGAAGCUCAUUUUGCGAAACUUGGAGGCCUGAGAGAAGUAUCAAUUGCAAAUAAUUCCCCAAACAUUUCCUUGGUUUUCAACAUAAGUUAUGAUUGGAUACCUCCUUUCCAAUUAAGAUACUUCAUCAUUACAUCAUGCCAACUGGGUCCCAAAUUUCCUACAUGGCUUAGAUAUCAGACUGAGUUGACCACGGUGAUACUCCGUAAUGCUAGGAUUUCAGACACCAUACCAGAUUGGUUUUGGCAGUUGGAUUUGCAAUUAGAUUAUCUAAAUGUCGCUUUUAAUCAACUAAGCGGCAGGAUGCCCAAUUCAUUAAGAUUCAGAGUUGAUAUCAUUGUUGAUUUGACUUCAAACCGCUUUGAGGGCCCACUCCCACUCUGGUCCUCAAACAUUAUCGAGCUAUUUCUUAGAGACAAUCUAUUUUCAGGGCCAAUUCCUCAUAACAUUAGUCAAGUGAUGCCCAAUUUGACACAUCUAGACAUUUCUGGGAACUCUUUGAGUGGAAGCAUUCCCUUGUCCCUUGGUAAUUUAAGCCAUUUUGAAUUCAUGAUUAUCUCAAAUAACAACUUGUCUGGUGAGAUUCCUCAUUUUUGGAACAAUAUACCAUCAUUGUAUUUUGUAGACAUGUCAAACAACAGUCUCUCUGGUACAAUCCCAAGAUCCUUAGGCUCUCUUACUUCACUCAACUUCUUGAUCCUCUCUAGCAACAACUUUUCAGGUGAAGUUCCUUCCUUGAAAAACUGCACUGACAUGAGGAUUCUUGAUCUUGGUGAUAACAAGUUUUCUGGACCAAUUCCGGCUUCCAUAGGAGAAAGCAUGCUCUCUUUAUUGAUUUUAAGCGUGAGGUCCAACUCAUUUACUGGAAGCAUCCCUUUACAAUUAUGUGGCCUUUCCACUCUCCAUAUAUUGGACCUCUCAUACAACAAUCUUUCUGAAAAUGUUCCCCACUGGAAGCAUAGGUAA